UGAAGAUUCAUUAAAAAGGGAGAAAAAGAUGGUCUCCAGCACAACUGAAUCCACGAUUACUGCUUCCAGAGCAUCAAUGAAAGACAAGGCAGCCUAUGCAGAGAUCCGUAAAGAUGAGUCUGACAGUGCAGGACUAGGAUUCUGUUCCUGCUGCUCGUGCUGGAAGUGGCUUCUAGGUCUUCUCCUUCUUCUGGGACUCCUCUGUGGUCUCAUCGCACUGGGUGAGGAGGUCCGGAAGCUGAAGGCUCGUGUGGAUGCUAUUGAUGGUGGAGAAAGCACAGUCUCUGCUCGAACCAGUCGUUUGUCUGCCUCCUCGGAUGUAAACAUCAUUGAUCCACUGGAGUCUUCAUACGCUGAGCGAUUCUUUGGCGUCCGUGCUGAUAACACUAUAAACCUGGAUUCAGCAUCUGCUGGACAAGACCCUGUGGUUCUGGAGAGGACCAUCCAACAGAUCCUCAGAUCCGAACUUCAGUCGGACACCAUCAGAGCUUCACUUGCAGCUUCACUUAAGGGUGAGAGAGGAGUGCCUGGGUCUAAAGGUGACCAAGGACCUCCUGGAGUGAAAGGUGAUACCGGGUUUCCUGGAAUUCCAGGUUUGCCAGGUACUCCAGGGCAGCCAGGAGCUAAAGGUGAGCCCGGAAGAGUCAUUUCUGCAGGCACUAAUACUAACACUGUGGGUGUACCUGGACCCCCUGGACCUCCUGGAGCUCCGGGUCCUUCCGGACCACCUGGACUAUCAGGUCCUAUUGGUCCUCCUGGUCUUCCUGGUUCCCCUGGUUCAAAGGGAGAUAAAGGAGACAGAGGAGAAGAUGGGAAGCCUGGAGUCUCUGAGAGUGCAGGGAAGAAAGCUGCUUCUGAACCUGGUCCUCCUGGCCCACCCGGACCGCCUGGGAAUGAUGGAAAACCAGGUAUUGGUCAUCCUGGUCCUCCUGGUAAAAAAGGUGAACCGGGAAGCUUUGUACCCACUUCAGAAACCUUCUUUGCUGGACCGCCUGGGCCUCCUGGACGUAUUGGACCAAAGGGAUCAAAAGGUGAUAUUGGCCCUCAAGGUUCCCCUGGCCAGCCUGGACUAACUGGAGAACCUGGAAUCGGUAUUCCAGGACAGCCAGGGCCACCGGGACCACGUGGAGAACAAGAUCCUGAGGGUCCACCAGGACCACAGGGACCUUCAGGACUAAUGGGUCCCAUGGGGCCACAAGGUCCAAAAGAUUCUGGUUUCAGAGGUCUGCCAGGACCUCAAGGAGCACAGGGAAGCGCCAGAGGACUAGUGUCUUAUGCUCUUAACGAAAACCAACAGCAAUUCCGCGCAGAGCCUCAGGAGUAUAUCAAAAGUCACCCAAGUGCUGAUGAGAAUUUGGAUUACGCAGAUAUCGCGACGAAGGUUUUAGAUUACAUUAAGUCUCAAGGCCUGUUACGAGGCCAAAGUGGUUCUAUAGCAAUUCCAGGUCCACGAGGUAUACAAGGAUUCCCUGGACCCUCUGGACCCCGUGGAGCCCGUGGACUGCCUGGAAGUGAUGGAUUACCUGGACUCCCUGGACCUCCAGGAAUCAGUGUAGACUUUUCUCCCUCCAAUAUGACAGCGAUCAUGAACUACAUCAGAGAAAACCAUAUGAUUGGACAACCAGGUAUACCAGGACAGAAAGGGGAGAAUGGAUAUCAGGGACUUCCUGGACCAACAGGAGCGAAAGGUGACAGAGGAUCCAUAGGUCCACCAGGCUUCACAGGCCAACCAGGAAUGAAAGGACAAAAGGGAGAGAAGGGCGAGGCUUCAUAUCUCACUCGCAGGAGGAAGAGGAACACAGUCAUUUAGCUAGUGUGCCUAAAACGUACAUAUUUACUCUAUUCUAUUCUUUUUUCUCUUUCUUGCUUUAGACCAAGUUAUUACAAAAGCUAAAUAUAUUCAAAUUGAAUUAACAAGCAUCACAUGAUCAAAUUCACCUUUAUGAUGGCAGUUUUAAUGAAAUUUAGUUUUGCUAAUGUUUUGAUUUUCUUGCAUGAAUGCAGAAUGGGAUUGAACAUAAUCUGGGGAUGUGCUUUAUAUUCUGCUUUUUGUCAUUUGUGCUGUUAAAAUGCUUUCAUUAGACUCAAAAGUGGCUUAACUUUUAAA